AUGACCGUAUUGGGCAUUGCUGGGCGCCUCGGCAGUGUCUGGGUCCCCACCUGGAGAGCUGCAAGAUCAACCCUUGUGUGCCGUUCUUUAAGGAAAACGAGUUCUUCUCAAAGAGGAAAGGCUGAAUUCACCAAACAAUCCCUUAAGAAGCCAAAGUUACCAGAAGGUCGUUUUGAUGCACCAGAGGAUUCCCAUUUAGAGAAAGAACCACUGGAAAAAUUUCCAGAUGAUGUUAAUCCUGUUACCAAAGAAAAAGGUGGACCCAGGGGCCCAGAACCUACCCGAUACGGAGAUUGGGAACGAAAAGGACGCUGUAUUGACUUUUAA